CCAGCCCAUCUCUAAUACCAUUGCAACUCUGCGAACAGCCAGUGCUACUUCUGGCGAAACAAUAACAGAAAUCGUUAAUUAAGAAGAUAUUUUUGAUAAAUCAUCGCGAAUUAUACAAAAAGGAUGCUCCGAUAGACGUGGGAUACGAGCCCACCCACCGCACCAAGUCAACAUCGGAUACAUUAGACAGCAGCCAGCCGGAUAGCCAGAGGGGAUUCAGACACCACCGCCAUCAUGGAGUCGGCGGACGCGCUCGUCGAGGAGCAGAAGCUGAUGGCCGAGGCCAAGUACCGGACCUACAUGACCAACAUCGACAAGGCGCUGCGCAGUUUCGAGUACUCCAGCGAGUGGGCGGAUUUGAUAUCGGCCCUCGGCAAGCUGAGCAAGGCCAUACUGAGCAAUACGCAAUACCAGGUCAUUCCCAGGCGGCUGAAGAUAGCCAAGCGUCUGGCCCAAUGCAUGCAUCCCGCCCUGCCCUCCGGGGUGCAUCUCAAGGCCCUGGAGACCUACUCGGUGAUAUUCAGCAAGACGGGUCCAGAACGUCUGGCCACGGAGUUUAUCUAUAGCGCUGGUCUAUUUCCACUCCUCGGCUACGCUGCUAUGAAUGUACGCCCUCAGCUGCUCACCAUUUAUGAGGACUAUUUUGUACCCCUGGGCGACAAGCUGCGACCGGCCUUGAGCGGCUUCCUGAACGGAGUCCUUCCUGGCUACGACUGCGGCCUGGACCACUUCGAACGAAUUAGCAUCCUGCUGAAGAAUGUGUGCAAUGCCGUCAAUCCCAUGCACUUUUACACGGUGCUCUGGGAAUCGGUGGCCAAAAAUGCGGCAAUUCGCCUGCCCGCGAUUACAUACCUUCUGGAGCACUUCAACAAGCGGCUGGACAUGCAGGAGCAAAUAUAUAUAAUGGGUCACAACAGGGAGAUCAUGAUGUCGGCCCUGUGCGCUUGCCUGAAUGAUUCCCUGAUUCUGGUGCAGCGAAACACACUCGAGUUCCUGUUGCUUGGCUUUCCCAUGCACACAGCCCUGCUUUCCGAAGACGAACUGGUCAAGCUGGUCACCAACGGCUUGAAUACCAUCCUUCGCAGGGAUAUGUCUCUGAACAGAAGGCUCUUCAGCUGGCUGCUCGGCAGCGAGGUGGCCAAGAACUCGCCCACCUACGACACCCUAUCAUUGGACGCCUCCAACGCUCCGCCGGACGAGGAGCCAGAACCGUACUUCAUAAAGCACUCAAGACACAUUCUGAUUCGAGCUUUAAUCACUACGCUCCGGCUUAGUCUGGAGUGUGCUCCCAUGGACCUGAAGCCCUACAGGAUAAUGCUAUCCCUGCUCGACAAGGCGGAAAUUGGCAGCGCCGUGCUCGACUACGUACUCCAUGACAUAAUGCGGGCCAUGUACAUCUCCAGUGGCAAUGCGGAGGCACUCAAGUCCGCCAAUCUUCUGUUCGCCACUUUCGACCCGGCCUACAUUUGGAGCUACAUGACCAAUAUGUUUGAACGAGCCUGUCAGCAGGCAAACUCAUCCCAAGAGAAGCCCCUACCAACUACCGACGCCAAUGCAAAGUAUCCCUGCGAGGUGGGAUCCGGGGAUCCCUGCGUGAUGGAGAUCUGCGUGCUGACCGAAUUCCUACUGGAGACAGUGUCGCUGGAAAUGUAUACGGAAACUACUCGGGUCUACCUGCCAAAGGUGUUCCUGGCCAUCACCCAGCUGCUCUCCCUCCAUAUGGAUCGCGUGAACAGCAACGAGAUCACGGCCUCGCUCAAGCUGUGCAUGAAGAUCGUCUCCAGGGUCCAGCCCAUGAUAACAAGUCCCAUAAAGCUGAAUAAGCUGAUAGAACAAAGCGGGGGAUCCUCGUCGGAUGAGAAGAUCACAGUGAAUACUGCGACAAGCGAUAUUGGGAAAGUCGAGGGCGCUGGUUCGCUGGAGAAGAGCAAGUCCGAUUCGCGGCUGAAUCAGUUUGCGGAGAACUCACUGCACAGCUCCGAUCCCAAUGACGAGGAACUUAUCCGACGUUCGGCCUCCAAUCAGAGCGUUGGACGUCAGAGUCCCAGCAAGAAGAAGGCCAAGUCCGUAUCACGGCUAUCCGAGUUGGACAAAGACAUAAGCGCCUCGGAUACCGGCCAGCAGUCGUCCUCUGAUCUGGAUACCCCCCGAAGCAUAAAAAAGCUAAAGGCCAAGGCGAAGGUGCCCUUUAUACGUAGCCCCAAGAAGCAACGACCGAAGGACAUUGUUCUAGUGCAAUCGAACACCACUGCGGAUGUAAAUGAUGCCCCAAGCGAGGAGGAGCCCAAAAGUGCUCCUCCGGAUCAGACGGCACAAUUUCAACUGGACGAGGAGAGCCAGGCCACCCAGCAGCGGGGAUUCUCCAUUCUGGAGAAGUGCAUCCGCCAGUACGAGAUAUUCUUUGAGGUGUACUUGGCCCGGAAGUUGCUCCAGAUUAAAUCUGAGCCAAAGGAGUGUGCUGUUCGGGUUCAACUACAGCGCACCGUCAGCAACAGCACCAGCAAUAGUCACUCCUCCAAUCUCUUCAUGGUCGAGCAGGUGCUGGAGCACGAGUGUUCCGAGAGGGAGUCACAAAUUGAGCGACUUUUCAACCUGCUUCGCGUGGAUAUUGUGCCGCGGUCCAAGCAGUUGCAGCGCCUGCUCAACAAAUCCUUGCCGCUGCCUGCCAGCGCUAGCGAAUUGAGCAGCGACAGCGAGGCCCAGGAGGACAAGCAGCAGAGCCUGCUCAUCGACAAUCAGACGCAGCGCAGUGUCCAGCAGCUGUCCGACCUCCAGUUGAGCCUGGCGCUGCGCGGAGCCAUUAAGCUGGCGGCCACCCUGCUGGUAGAGAUGUCCACAUUCCCCAACUGCAAUAAGCACAUAGUGCUGGACAAGAAUGAACCGGAGCUUCCCAACUGGUUGAAAGUUCUGUGCCUGGUGGCUUGUUUUGCCCAAAGCGACAAGGAGCUGCAGGUGUCGGCCAUCACCACGUUGUUUGAUUUGAUCAGCUUACUCCGCUCCCAAAUCGAGCACACAACCAGUCCGGGAGUCACUUUUGUGGUGAUGCUGCCCCUGCUCAAAUUCGGCCAUGUCAGCUAUAUGGAGCAGCACACACGCGUCUUCCAGCUAGUGAGCUCUAUUCUCUGGGACUACCUGGGAGCUCCCGGCACGGAUCCGGCUCAGAUUGCAGCCCUGCUCCACCAGCUGCACAGCUGUUUGGAGAGCGGCCUGGUGGAGACAGUGGUUGGAAACCGAAUGCAGGCCCAGCACCUGCUGCAAAUACAAUCCUCGCCCCAAGCUGUGCCCGGAAGAACUGCACUGCGCCACUUCCAAAUGGAACGUCUGGCGGAUGCCCAGCUCCUCUGUCCCACAGAGUCCACGGAGAGACUGCGGGAGAGUCAGGCCCGUAGCUUCAAGAAGUUCGAGCUGCUGUGGCACUUGGGCCGCGACAAACAGUCGACGAGGGGAUUCGAGAAGACUCUUCUCAAAGUGCUGGACACACUGGCCUUGCCGCAUUACAUGUCGGAGCGCACCUUCGUGACCAACUGGCUGCAGGCCUCGCUGCUUCGCGGAGAUCUCGCCCGCUUGACCAAGCCCCUGUACAAAAUCCUCCUCUCGGCCAAUUCCAAGCGCGUGGGUAUUGUCCACAUGCAGCAGCUCUACCGGGAGGCGGAUCAUGAGUCGGCUCCGGUUUUCGAGCGGGAUGUAUAUGCCAUCAGCUCGGAGCAGGGAAAUGUGAAGUACCACCACAUGGAGACCACCAAUAGUGGCAAGAAGAAGAGCCCGAUCAGGAACUUUCCAAAGAAAAUCUUUGGGGUCACGCUAAGUGGGGGCAAGGCCAACAAGGUUUCCAACUUCGUGAGCGACAAGGCUGCAGUGGCUGCCGAGGCCUCCCAAGAUGUGAAUACCAUUGGACUGAUCAUCAAUCCCUUGGAGAACGCCAAUGAUUUCGACGAUGAAACGGAUUUGGAGGAGCCGCGCAUCGAGGUACCACACAAGGAGACGCCACUGGAACAAAAGUUGGCUAGCGCCAUGGACGAAAGUGAACAGCUGUCGCCGGAGCAACCAGAGCAGGCAACCCAGCAGGAUCAGAGCCAGCACUUCGACCAGGACAUCACCGACAACUCAGAGAGCAGCGACUUUGAAUCGGAUUCCGAGAUGCGGGAGACCAGCUUGGAGAAGGAGGACAGCUUAACGGUGAGCUCCAGUGCCGGAGUCAGCGACGACGUGAAGCGCUUUGUGGGCGCCUGCGAACGAGUUACGGAGGCACUGACCCAGCACGAGAAGAUCAAGAGCCGCAAAACCUACCGCCUAACCAGGGAGAAGACGCCCGGCGAAGUCAGCCUUAACUCCCUGGAGUCCAAGGACCAGGAACAGGCUGUUCCAGACCUUCAGGCGGAUGCCUUGCCGGCGGAUGAGUAUUUCGGACACGACAAAAAGGUUGGCAAGCGCAAGAAACUACUUAAUGCUGCGGACAAAAAGCGGCUCAGCUGCAUCUCAAAGACCUCCACGGACAGCAAUAUUAGUGGUUCCCAUGCAGAGAACCCCGAACAGGAGGAAGAGACGGAAACGGGCACCGAGUCCACCAUCAAUGUGGAGGAUAAGCGUCGCAAUCUCAGCCUGGAAACCAGCAAGCUGCAGCCGGAUAUGCAGAAAACCCUGGAGAAGGGCAAACAGAAUGUAGAGAUCCUGCGCCAAAAUGCAGCAGCUGCGGCUGCAGCAGCAGCAGCUGAGGAGCAGAGCAGUCUACGGAGCUCGGUGAAGAGCGGCGGAUCCCUGACGGAGGCGGCCCACCUCUACCACAACCACCUGCUGCUCUACCUGGCCAUCUACGACACCCGUCAAACGCUGUACGCCCUGCAGACCCUGCGGAACAUCAUCUGCUGUGACCGGCGGACCUUCCUCUGCCUCUCCAUAACCACAUCCUUCUCCAGCGCCAGCCUGAAACAGCUUCUGGUGCGCCACCGCAAGAGCAUCUCCGGUAAGGGAUUCGACGGAGGCGUCGGCAACUCCGAGUACGCCCAGGGCUAUCGCGGUUGCAUGCAGCUGGAGUUGCUGGUCACCCUCUGCCUGUUCUACGCCCGGGGCUACUUCCAGAGAGAAUCCCUGGAUGCCCAGCGACAGCCGCCCACGUUGCAGGACAUCGUGAACAACCGACGGAUACAGCUGGAGAGCAUCGAGUUGCUCACCCUCAUCUGCUCCGAACUGAUUGAGAUCGUUAAGGGCAUGGGCCGGGGACUGGCGUGCUACAUCGCAGACCUCUUGGCCCGCGCCAAGCUGCAGAAGGUGAUGCUGCACUGCCUCAACAGCUCGGUGUGCAGCUACGGCCGGAAGGCCAACCCGACCUCUACCAGCUACGCGGAUCAGGUGCUCAGCUUUAACGAUCCGCAGGACGAUCAACUGCACGCGGACUGCUUCCAACUGCAACUGCUGCGCUUGCUGCUGGCCGUAAUCCGGCUGGAGCACGAGGUACACCAGCUGCGUCAGGACACUCCACCCUCCGCCGGCGAGGAGACGGCUGGGAAUGCUUCACCCACACGAUUGGCCGAGGGAGCGGCUGCCAAUGUGAAGUACCUGCCUAACUGCCUCAUCAGCCAACAGCCCAUGUUCCUGGCCGCCGUUCUGGGUGCCCUGCAGCAGGAGCGAUUGAGGCACCUGCACCGUAACUGGACGGAUCUGGUGACCUCUUCUCUGAACUGCUUCUCCUUCGGAUCCCUCACAAACAUUGUGAUCAGCGUGGUGCAUCAGCUGUGCAGCAAUCUGGAUCGCCUGGCCAAGAUGCCCCUUCCCCAGCAGCGACACUUUCCCCCCGACUACGUCGUUUCCCAGCUGGAGGCACUGACCAUUCUGUGUCACUAUUGUCUCCUGGACAACACCCAGCAGACGGCGCUGUCGCACUUGUUCAACCAGGCCUACCCGCAGACCAGCUCCUCGGUGCAGAGCUCCAGCACUGGUCAGUUGCUCAACAGCAUUGUGCACUCCUUCCUCUCGGCCAGCGAGUCCUCGACUUCGGCUCCAGCCCCUCGGAAUCCGCAACUGCAAGCGGCCAGGAAUGCUGUGCUGUCGCAUCUCCCGAGGAUCAUGAGCAGCGUGGCGGCCAUAUGGGACAGCGAACUGGGGCAACUGCGGCCAGUGCGCCUGCAACUGUUGGAGUUCCUAUCGCCGGUGUCGCUGCAUCAUGGGUGCAACUUCCUGGCUGCCGUGGCAGUCACGUGGCAGCAGCGCGGCGUUUCCACCAACAUGAGUGGCUUGAGUAUUCCGGAGCAGUUCCAAAGGAACUCCACACUCCAGGCCUGUCCCGCCCAGCUCUCCUUGGUGUCGCUUGUGUCCAGCAUCCGGGUGAUGCCGAUGGAUUCAUUUGUGCUCACUCUCCACCAGGUGGUGCGUUCGCCCCCGCCGAUUCACAGACCGCCGGCCCAACUCAGUAUUGAGGUCAGCUCCCUGGAGCUCUUCUACUUCUACAUGAAACAGGCGCCGGCUCCGCACCUGGCAGACGCCUGGAGCUCGUUGCUGGCCCUGAUCCGCGAUGGCUUGAGCCUUACACCGCCGGCGCAGUUUGCUCUGCUGAUGCUUCUCAACGAAUUCGUGCAGCGGUGCCCCCAGAUGCCGUUCCAGGACAAAAAGGAGGUGCGCGAACUGCACGACGUGACCUCUCGCUUGGUGGACUCACUGUCCAGCGUGGCGGGAUCCUGCCUGGAGCAGACAACCUGGCUACGACGAAACCUGGCCGUUAAAGAGGACACCGAUGGCCUGGCCAAGGACAACAGCGUCGGCGGAGGAGCACAGCAGUAUUCGCUGCAGGCGCAGAGCGUCCUGGCAGCCAUACUCUCCAACCUGCUGGAUGUUGCCUACGGCUCGCAGGAAAAAGACAAGGUGGUCAACAUUGUGACCCCGCUUCUGUACAACAUAACCCCGUAUCUAAAGAAUCACACUGCGCGCAACGUCCCCUUCUUCUACGCCUGCUCCGCCCUUCUGGCCAGCCUCAGCGGAUACCAGUAUACGCGGAAGGCGUGGCGCAAGGACAUGCUCGAUCUGCUGCUGGACAACGCCUUCUUCCAGAUGCACCUGUCCUGCCUGCCCUUCUGGCGCAUGAUCAUGGACAGCCUGAUGACCUACGACAACACCACCUUCCGGGAGCUGAUGACCCGUGUGUCGCUCUCCCAGGCGGGCAGCCUGAACAUAUUCACCUCGCGGGACCAGGAGUACGAGCAGCGAGCCAUGCUCCUCAAGCGACUGGCCUUUGUUAUCUACUGCAGCGAGUUCGACCAGCACAAUAAGUACAUGCCGGAUAUACAGGAACAACUGGCCAACAGCUUGCGACUGGUGCCCAUGGGUCCUUCCGUGCAGGCGGCUGUAUUCCUGUGCUUCCGUGUGCUGCUCCUCCGCAUGUCGCCCGACCAUGUCACCUCGUUGUGGCCCAUCAUCAUAGCGGAGAUGGUGCAGGUUUUCCUUCAGAUGGAGCAGGAGCUCAAGUCGGAGAGCGAGGAGAGGAGUCAACAAAUGCGCAUGCCCACCGGCAUAGACGUCUCGUGGACCUCCAAUUCGGGAGCCAUCAAUGGCUACAACUCCCAGACGCCCAUGCAGCACUGGCGGUCCGUUCAGCUGGAGGCCUGCAAACUGCUGGAGCUGGGAUGCGUGCUGCCAGCCACAAAACUUCCCCACUUCCAGAUGUACCGCUGGGCCUUUGUGGGCACGGAGUUCGAUGUGCACGAGGAGGAGGUGCGCCUGCCCAACGGCAGCACUGAGAACCUGGCCACGCUGCCCAGUGCUUUGUACGUGCCACAUGUGAGGCGCGUGGCCAGGCUGAUGGACAUGAAGUACACCAGCCACUCUCCUGUUCUCCAGCGACCCAGCAACCGGCACUUGAUGCUAAACUUCCAGCAACUGCAGUCGCUGCAGGAGUUGUACGCUUUCUUUAGCACUUUGGGUAUCAGUUGCCCGCAGCCGAGGAACUUUGCGGACACGGAACAGGACGUGGCCAACUGUCUGCAAGAGAUCGAAGAGGUGCUGGCCAACGACUUCCUGGAGAAGCUGCCCAGCAUCACCACGCCCAGAUGAAGGCCGGUAGUGCCCCAUAGGCAAGCGCAGUCCGAGAUCCAAGCAAGUGGGUCUCAGUUUGAGCUCAAGUUGAAUCUAAGUCUGAAUCUGGGCGAGUCUGUCCUGGAGCCGGCUGCCGGCACAGCUGGGCAGGCGGUCCGCAUCCUAGCCGCCGUGCAGGCCAAGUUCACCAGCCAGAAUGCUGAGACGAGCUUCUCGCAGAGUCACAACAUUAGCCACAAAAGCUCGAGCAGCUCCACCACCAGCAUCACCAGCAGCAACAGCAACAGCAACAAUAAUAAGAAGACCAACUUUCCAUUUUAUGUCUAAGUGAGGAGGAGUAGGAGAAGAUGAAUAUGCCGAGUAUGAUAGCAAGCUAUAUGCAUAGAUAGAUAGAAAUGUACGGGGUCCGAAUGUGAUCGAUCGUUUUGACUGUUUUGAAUGUUUAGAGGACCGCGGUUGCCCCAUAGCCAAUAGCAGCCUGUAUGUAGUGUAAUCUGUAACCAUUGUAUUUAAAAUGUUAAUACUGUUGCGCCGAUAUCGAUGUGAAUAAGAGACGUGUUUAACGACAAAA